ACAGUUUUCGUUCUCUGAACUGGUACGUGUAUGUGGUGUUACAACGCGUCUCGACGUCUAGCGGACCGCCAUCAGCAGAGCACUGUUCGCUGCGUUCUUCGAAAGCUGUCAGAGAUAACGUGCUUGCGCUUAGCGAGCCCGAAGAAAAAAUGCCGUUCGCGGAGUACGUGCUAACGGGAUUCGAUGGCUUCUUGGAGCGCCGACGCGUCGCCUUCAUCGAGCCGCUGCCAGCAACUCGAGUCUGUAGCUCGUGCGGCCUGGUGCCUUCCCAAUCUGCGUUGCUGCCCUGUGGUCACGUCCUGUGUCUCAUCUGCAAAGGCCUGACCGUCAAGGAGGUGAAGUGCCCCUUAGACGGCCGCGUUUUCGCGAAUACCCAAGUCGUUUCACUGAGCUUCAGGCAGUCCGACUUGGAGCAGCUCCACGUUCGUUGCAUCGCAGGUGGCGAACAUUGCAGCUUCGCCGGAAAACUGUCGGAUCUGGAAUGUCACUUGGCCCACUGCAGCCAAGACGAGGUCAAGUGCUGCAGAUGUAGCCAGACUCUGGUUCGAGGCGUCGCCGUGCAGCACUACCAACACUGUGACAGAAGCAUCGUCUCUGGACGAGUGGUCAGCGAGGAAGGCGUCAAGAGCAUCGUCAGCGGGCUCGGGGAGAUAAGAGCGGACCUGGAAAAACUACGACUGCGUGGAGAAGCGGAAGAGAAGCUCGACAAGCACAACGUUGUAAACGUUGCCAACUGCCUACUGGAACGCGUUGCAAGCCUCGAGCAUGCGUUGCAGCGAGCCAACACGGCCCGUGAUGUCUGCGCGAUCCAAGCGGCGGGGCUAGUGCCGAUAUCUAGCGGACCGUUCCGCGCUGCGUCCAAACCCGAUGCAUUCAUCAUACUGCGCACCUUCGCGGACGUGCCUGUCAUGCACGACAAAGCCAAGAGUACCACCUAUGAAGUCGCUAUCCCCUUGGAAGUUUGCGUUCUCGCUGGCUACAGUUUCAAGCUAGAAUGUAAGCUUGCCAAAGACCAGAGAGACGAAGUGCAUCUGUGGUUUGUGCUGAGCAUUUGCAGCGGCCCGUGGGACAGCCUCCUGGAGUGGCCUUUCGUGAAGAAGGUAACAGUGGUACUCACUCAUCCCCGGUUUCCAAAAGCAGACGUCAGGCUGCCAAUGCGCAUGGAAGACUACGGUGCGGUCAAGAAGCCGACGUCCGGAACGCCCAACAUGGGCAGCUGUACAGAGAAAGUAUCGUGGAUGACCAUCGACCUAAACGGUUUCAUCGACAACAAAAACCUGUACGCCAAUGUGGAAUUUCAGUAGUGAGAGUGCCAUCUGAAAAACGCGGCAUUCUUUUGCUCACAUAGUUGAGAGCAAACGGAUGUGGCCUGUAACGCGAAGCAUAUUUCGCCAGGAAGAUUGGUUAUGGUAACGACUUCGUGUACUGUGUCAACACGUUCAUCUAACCUUAUCGACUCCCGUUAUUUCAACAUUCCAUAACGACAAUAGAACACGUUGAUUAAUAUUAUUGGUCACCAAUAUACAUAUUCAAACAAUAUUGAGUAUGUACCGUGCACAAUUGUCUGGCUGUGGUUCAGUCGCGGCAAGCUUUGUUGUUUCGCAGCUGUGGAACAUAGAGCUCUAAGACUACAUAUGUGAAAUGACUUUUUUCGAAUCAUCAUCAUCAUCAGCCUGACUACGUCCACUGCAGGACAAAGGGCUCUCCCAUGUUCCGCCAGUUAACCUGGUCCUGAGCUUGCUGCUGCCAAUUUAUACCCGCAAGCUUC